CGCAAUGUUUUCUAUUGACGUUAAUCUUUAUAAACCAGGAAGAAGUAGCCUACUCGGAUAUUAAUGCUACACGAACGUAGAAACGGUGGGAUUCUAUCUCCAGGACCAGUAAAAGGAAACCAUUGAAAACUAGCCUAUCACAUAUGUCAAGGAGCCAAAAUGGUGAACUGCUGUGGAUUGGUAACUGUCAAGAAUGAACCAGUGCCUCUGAAGAGUAUUGCUGUGGAAGUGAGUGUGCAGGGGCAUGUGGCCACUGUGAGCUCCACUCUGCAGUAUGAGAACCAGGAGCAGAGCCCUCUGGAGGCCAUCUUUGUUUUCCCUCUGCCGGGAGAGGCUGCUGUCUGCAGGUUCAGCGCAAAGAUAGGACAGACUGAGGUGGUGGCUGAGGUUCAGGAGAAACAGAAGGCACAGGAGCAGUAUGAUGAUGCAUUGAGUUCAGGCCAGCAGGCCUUCCUAUUGGAGGAGAGUGAUGAGAGCCCGGACGUGUUCAAGCUGAGUGUGGGCAGUCUGCCUCCAGGGGAGAAGGCCUCUGUCAGCCUGGACUAUGUGACAGAGCUGGCUGUACAGGCUGACGACGGCCUGAGGCUCUGCCUGCCCGCCGUGCUCAACCCCCGUUACCAACCCCAGGGGUCAGACAGUGGUAGUGGUGGCAGUGCCCAGGUGUCCUCGGUGCCCGCUGGUUCUGUCCCCUACAGUCUGUCCCUCAGUGCCCAUGUGUCGUCCCCUCAUCCCAUCUCUAGAGUAGAGUCCAACUGUCCCCUGGACCCACUCAACUACCUCAACACAGAGAAAACCCAAGCCACGGUCAGUCUGGCUGCAGGUCAUCAGUUUGACCGGGAUGUUGAGCUGUUGUUGUAUUACCAAGACACCCAUCAGCCUACUGCUAUAGUAGAGGCAGCACAGGCUUCGGCCAAGCCAGGCUCUCUGAUGGGUGACCCAGUGGUCAUGCUGAGCUUGUACCCAGAGUUCCCCAAGGAUGUGAUGUCAUCUAUGACCUCACACGGGGAGUUCCUGUUCGUAGUGGAUCGCUCUGGCAGCAUGGAAUGCCCCAUGCACCUUGGGUCUGGGUCACUGGACCGUAUUAGCAGUGCCAGGGAAACUCUGCUGCUCUUGCUGAAAAGCCUGCCCAUGGGCUGCUACUUCAACAUCAUCGGCUUUGGGUCCAGUUAUGAGUCCUUCUUUCCUAAGAGUGUGGAGUACAGCCAGAAGACUAUGGAUGAGGCUCUGCAGAUGGUGAAAGAAAUGAGGGCUGACCUGGGAGGUACAGAGAUCCUCCAGCCUUUAAAACAUAUCUACAGCCAGCCCUGCCUCCCCGACCAGCCCAGACAGCUCUUCUUGUUCACUGACGGUGAGGUGGGGAACACCAAGGAAGUCCUGGAUCUGGUGAAGACGAAUGCCGGUUCUCACAGGUGUUUCUCCUUUGGGAUCGGGGAAGGGGCCAGCACUGCUCUCAUUUCUGGGGUGGCCAAGCAGGCCAGAGGGCACGCACAGUUUAUUACAGGACAGGACAGGAUGCAGCCCAAAGUGAUGCAGUCUCUCCGGUUUGCCCUGCAGCCAGCUGUGGUGGACAUCUCAGUCAAGUGGAAUGUCCCAAAGGAGGUGUCUGUCACCCUUCUGUCUCCACCAAUCAGAGUGAUCUUCCAGGGUCAAAGGGCACUUCUGUAUGCCCAGCUCACUGGGGAGAGCUCGGGGGACACAGAGGGCUCGGUGACAGUGAAGUACAGCCUGGCCAAGCAGCCUGUUGAGAACCAGCUGAGCUUCAGUCUUAAGCCUGCAGAGGACACUGGAAUGACCGUCCACAGGCUGGGUGCUCGAACCCUAAUCCAAUCCCUGGAGGUGGAAGAGAGGGAGCAGGAUGGUGAGAAGGAGGGAGCGAAAGAGAAGGUGAUAGAGCUCAGCGUCCAAUCAGGAGUGAGCAGUGCCUUUACUGCCUUCAUCGCUGUCCACAAAGGAGAUGGAGAGGCCCUGCAAGGACAGCUGCUACGCAGACAUGUCCCCACACCAAUGUUGUAUCACAGCUCCAUGCUCAUGAUGCAGUCGUGUGUUAUGCCUCUGUGCAGCCCCACGGUGAUGGCGUGUAAUCUGCAGAUGAGUGCCUCAGAUUUGGAUGAUUUAGAAGUAUUCGGCUAUGACUACAACUGUUCUGAAGACUUUGACUCUCCAGCCCCAACCUCUAAGCCUGUGAGGGACCCUCUCCUCCAGCUGAUCUCCCUUCAGAAGGCCUCUGGUUCCUGGGUCCUGGAGGCAGCAUUGGCUGAGGUGCUGGUGAAGACAGAGGAGGAGGUGUCCAAGCCAAAGCCUGCACAGGUGGACCAGGAGGUGUGGGCCACGGUUCUAGCCCUGGUAUGGCUCUAUGGUUUCAAGAUGGAGGCUCAGGAGGAGUGGCAGUUUCUGGCCAUGAAGGCAGUAUCAUGGAUUCAGGCUCAGAAAGUGGCCAGUGUGUCUGAGUGUGUCCAGGCUGGAAACACCCUUCUGGGUUGCCAAGUGCAGAAAGACACCCUGGGGCUCUGACAUGUUCACCCUCCCAGUCCUCAAUCUGUCCCCCAUAUACCUGCUACUCUACCUGGGGUGAGAUUUUCACACAACCCUGCCUGCUCCUAGCCCCCUACUCCAAGCAAACUGGUGGAGCUAGCAACUGUAUCCACCUAAACAAGCCUAAUUAUCAACCUCUUACCUAUAUCAGCCUAUUGUCAUUUACUGUUGGGACACUUAUGUAUCUCAAUGUAUUGGUUGUUAUUAACAUAUCACCAUUCAUCUACGUGCUACGUAUACAGCUAAACUUGUUUAGACUUUGCUUUGGUUAUCAAUUCCAUAUAGACUACUGGAAACAAUGUGUAUGCAGUACUUGUCAUCACUAACCAAAAUGCUUGGUAAAAGGCCUUAUUAUUGUAUGUAUGCAUUAUCCACGUAUAUGAGGCCAAAUGCAUGCAGGGAGAAGUUGUGGAUAAUAUGAAAAGCCAGAUGAGUGCCUAUCUGGGUGCCUUUACUGUGUGAUCAUGUAACACUGUCUCUGUAUUCAUGUAAUUCCUCAUAUACAUUACCGUUCAAAAAUUUGGGGUCACUUAAAUAUUUUCUUAUUUUUUUCCAUUUAAAUAACAUCAAAUUGAUCAGAAAUACACUGGAAUAACACAUGGAAUCAUCUAGUUACC